AAUUAUCUCACUUCAACUCCCAGAGUAUCACUCUGGCAACUGACGCCGAUCAGAUGCCGGAUAUCUGCCAGCUUUACGCCGCUAUUUGAGCUCCUGUCACAAGUGGAAUCCUCGCUCGUGACUCUGCCAAGCCUCAGCGCGUCGCAAUGGCGUCGAAUUCCGGUUCUAGUGACUCUGUUAUUGGGUAUUCGACGAGUUCGAGUCGCACCAAUUCGGAUUUGGAUACAUGCGCGUACUACGGUCUAGAACCGGGAGAAACGUGCUUCACUCACCGCAGCUGCUACGACUGCCUCAAUGUACCUGUAGCCACCGAUCCAGAGGGCUGUGUGCUGUCCCAGUUCGGCUACUGCAUGUCCAUGGUGUUCUACGACUACACACUGGACUACCGAGUGACCACAGGCCCCAAUGCAGACAGUGGCAGCCCCUACAACUUCAGUGGAGGGCUCUACCAUCAGUACCCAGCGGUAAACACAACCUACUGCGAAGCAACCGACCCAGCAUGUGUCGAGUGCAACGCCAUUGCACUGAAUUAUUCCCGACAAGACAAUUUUCUGGCCAGGUCGACGAAAUUUUGCCUUGGGGAGUCGGAUUGUGUCUGCGUAUUGAGCUGUGAACCGACAGUGUGGGAAUUAAGAACGGUGUCGCUCUGUGAUGACGCUGAUUCGUCCUCCAUUGCUGCCUCAAACUCAGAUUCGAGUACGUCCUGGACUCCGUUUACGACAAGCCCGUCGAUUAUUGUCAACCGGACGAGUAGUAAUAUGGCGAACUUGUACUGGGUGCUGGCUGUGCCUGCAUUCAUUGUGCUGCUCGUGGCGCAUUAUUUCAUUCGACUCAAAUUUAAUGAGUAUCGAAGGAGACAGUUACUGCGGAUACCGAGACGAUCUCCUAGAACUCGGCUUAGGCUGUCAGCGUGGCGGGCACUACAGGAAGAUCUGAUUGGCAAGGAGAAGGAACCGGUAGAUUCCGCUGCCUUUCAUAUUGAACCUAUUACGGGUGCACAAGAAGAAUGAGCUAGAAUGAGUGAGCGCAAGGGAUACGAGGUGUUGCGCCCUGAGCUAGUAUAUGUGUGGCCUAUGAGCCUUCUGCUUGAAUGCAGAGAGGACAACGUGCUGUGAUAAGUUUAUUGUGUCUACCGUCAAAGCCUGCCUAGUUCACGGCAAUGGAUUGCAGUUUGCUAAUUUAUAUUUGACUGUAUUGUACGUGCUAUGCAUCGGUUUGGUACACCGGAACGGGUCACAGAUGAAGAGGGCCAACUUGGUUAGUGAUGCUGCUGUAAUCGCUAUAACUCGUACUACGUCCACCAUUGUUGGCCAGAAAACAAUGCAAACUAGAGUUUAUUACUGUGGUUUCGCAGUGUAACGAGACUGUACAACUUUCUCAAAAACGCAUAAGGCCU